AUGUCACACGAAAAUAGUGAGCAGUUAAUAGACUCUGAGAGCAAUGUAAACUUGCGGAAACGGAAGUACUUUGAUGUUUGCUCAUCGAGAUCUUCUAGUAUAAAUCCGACCCAAUCUAGAGUAUUUGACGUUUAUGUUAAUAAUACAGACUCUCCACAAAAUCUUCAACUACUAGAUAUAUUCUCUGAUGAAAUGAAAAGUAAAGAAAAUAGACAAAAUUUGUUGAUGGGCACCACUUUAUCUACUAUUAAGACAGAAAAGGAUAUAAACGAAUUAGAUGAUAUUCAAUUAUUAAACUCAGGGAAAACAUCAAACUCUAAUGCAUUACAAUUAAAUGCCUUUAAUGACUCAAAGAAACAGAAAGUAUCUGAAGAACCAAAAUCCCGAAUAGAUGGCACGUUAAGUGAUAAGCCGACAGUACCAACUUCUAAUGUUAUCAAAUCUCCCAAAAAUAAAAUAUCGUCGCCUAUAUCUUAUAUGAACCCACACCCUAAUCACCCAAAUGCCCUCUAUUUGAAAGAUGGAUAUGACAAAUGGUCUAACAACGUGGAAGAAAUAUUUAUUAAAGCACUUCGACUCGUGAUGAAGAAUGGUACUUCAAAGAUAAAGUUAAGGGAUAAUAAUUAUGGUAGAAAUGAGUUGAUCUCAUUAUACAUUAAAUAUUAUACUGGUGAAUUCAGGACAAAGAAACAAAUCUCGUCGCAUAUCCAAGUAUGGAAGAAAGCUAUUUUAAAUAAGAUUUCAAAUAAUAUACAACUGACAGAAAUGGACCAAGAAUUGUUGACGUUAAUUGAAGAAGGUGCACAACAAACAGAAGAAUCUACAAAGUUAUUUUACGAGACAUUUGAAACAAUACUAAGUAAGUUGAAACUAUCUUCAAACGGCUACGAUUAUAUUUCUGUGAAUCCACAAGCUUCACAGACCGUAACUAGAACCAACCAAAUCAAGAAUUCAGAUGGUAUUGUUCCACAGGUACCAUACCCUACAGAUAGUCAAGCUUUAUUGAAUUAUCCAAAUUUAAUAACGCGAAAGAGUGUGCCUGGUUCUACGACAAAACAAAUUACUCAAAAUUAUAAAACUUCAGAGCCACAACAAUUCCAUACAAUGAAUAAUUAUCCGGUUACCCCAUUAGAUUAUGCAAAGUCUCUUUAUGAAAAUAUGAAAAGUUAUAAAUGUGUUCCAGCUAGGAUAGAAGAUGAUUCAUAUACAUCUUUUUUAAAAGAUAUUCAGGGUACUAAAAACGAUCCGACUAUGGGUGUAAGUAUAGAAGAUGAAAAGCGUGAAUCCAAUGGAAGUUUAAGUUCUCGUAUAAAUUCAGAAGCAGUGAUAAAAAAUGCUGAAAGAGUUAAAGCUGAGCAAAGGAAACUCAUAGAAGAGCUCAAUAGGAAAUCUAAAACAAAUGUGAACGUUGAUCUCCCUAGUAUAGGAAACAGGUCCGUUAGUAACAGUUCGUUUUAUGAUAGAGUACCAUUUUCACAAGAAGAUUUAAAUUUAAGACCAAAGGAUUGGGGUACAUCAAAGGAACCACCCCUCUCGCUCUAUAUGGUGCCUCAGUCGCAAGUACAAGAGCAAAUGUCCUCGCAAUUGCAAAGUUCAAUUUCUGGUAAUUCUAUGCCAUUCCAACAGGACACAGUAUCACCUUAUUUACAAUCACAACAACCAACACAACCUCUCACAUUAUACCCUGGUCAAUACGUAGUUCCUUUAACUCAGCAGCAGCAGCAGCAGCAGCAGCAGCAGCAGCAAUUAUCACAAGCUCAAUCACAACAAGGGCUUACGCUAUCCAAAAUGUCACCCCAAGCUACAUUUGCUUCAUAUCCGCAACAGGCUGGUUCUCAAGCGGGUGUCCAACAAGGUGUACCUUCAUCAUCUGUGUAUUAUUAUCCACGUCAUGCCUAUAUUCCUUCUUCCAAUACUUAUCCGAAUGGGCCUUUCCGUUCCAAUCUAUCUAUUCCAUACAAUGAUCUUCCUUUUGAACAAUUUCCUAAUGGUAGUCAAGAAUUUGAGUAG